AUGGAGGCUGCCGCCAUUCUUUUCUCCAUGCGCCACCCCGGCGCCGUGCCGCCUGGCGAGGUUCCCGCGCGGCCGGACAUUGAUUUGAACAGGGCGGCUAGCGACGACGAGGGCGGCGGCGGGGCGGCCGAUCACUCGACAAGGGACGGCCGUGCAACUGCCGCCGACGGAUCUGCACCGGCUGCGCAUGGUGAUUCCAACACGAAGGCGCUGCCUGAAACGGUUCAGCACAAUCAAAAUGGCAAUGCGGAUCCACGGGGGAGUGCUGGAGUUCGUGGCAGCUCUGCCGAUGGAAGAGCUUCCAAGCCACGGGUUGGCGCUGCCAAGGGAACAGGAAGGCCGACGUCCAAGCCUAGAGGCAAGGGGUUCAGGGUUCCAGUUGGUGUGCAGGCUGACCUGCCUCAGCAGGACCUCCCUGGAGAGGCAGCCGGUGCAGGCAGAGUCCAGCAAGACCACUGUCUGAACAAGGAACGUGAGAGUGAAGCCAUGGCUGUUAAUCAUUCUGUUAUAUGCGCCACUGACCGAAGUGAAAGCCCAGCUUCGAAGCCUAAAGGAAAUGAGCCAAAUGACCUCCCACAAGCUAUCGCUGAAGACGCCCAAGACACGGCAGUACCGCCAGUGCCGGAGAGGGUUGAAGUUGGCGAUUCCCUAAUAUAUGUAACUGGUAGGAAGUUAGGUAAGGGUAGCUCUUGCAAGGUCUAUGUUGGCAGACGACUAGGUAUGCCUACUGGAGGCUACAAGGGUCUAAAUGCAAUGGAGGUUGCACUAAAAUUUGAGCAUCGGAGGAACCAAGCAGGUAGCUGUGACCCCCCACUUGAGUGGCAAGCCUAUCAGACUCUCAAUGGUUGUUAUGGCAUACCUCCGGUAUACUACAAGGGUCGCCAAGGAGACUACUACAUUCUUAUAAUGGCUAUGCUUGGUCCUACCCUCUGGGAUGUUUGGUAUUCACAAGGACAGAAGAUGUCAUUUCAAAUGGUUGCUUGUAUUGCCGUUGAGGCCAUAUCAAUUCUUGCGAAGAUUCACUCCAAAGGCCUUGUACACGGUAAUGUAAAACCUGAUAACUUUUUGUUUGGUCAACGUGGAUCUGCUCAUGAAAAGAAGCUUUUUCUGACUAGUUUUGGUUCAGCAUCCAACUGGAAAUGCAAAAGAGGAUCAUCCAGUGUGCAUGUUCAGUAUGAUCAGAGGCCAGACAUAUUUAGGGGAACAAUUAGAUAUGCUAGCGUUCAUGCUCAUUUAGGUCGUACAAGCAGUAGGAGGGAUGAUUUGGAGUCACUAGCAUACACCCUUAUAUUGUUAUUACGAGGACGCUUGCCAUGGGAAGACUGUCAGGGAGAUAACCAGAGCUUUCUUGUUUGUAAGAAGAAAAUGGAGACAUCUCCAGAGAUGCUCUCUAGCUCCUGUCCAGCUCCAUUCAAACAUUUUCUUGAGAUAGUUACUACUAUGAAAUUUGAUGAAGAGCCAAAGUACCGACAACUUGUUUCUCUCUUUGAUGAUUUGAUUGAAGGACCUGCUUCUUUAAGACCCAUCAGGAUCGAUGGAGCUCUACAGGGUGGACAUAAACGUGGAAGAAUGGAUGUAAAUCUUGAAGAAAAUGAGCAGUCUAUAAAAAAAGUUCGGUUGGGGACUCCAGCAACUCAAUGGAUUUCGGUUUAUAAUGCUAGGCGGCCCAUAAAGCAGCGCUACCACUGUAAUGUAGCUGAUUCAAGGAUGCACCAACAUAUACAAAAAGGUAAUGAAGAUGGCUUAUUCAUUAGUUGUGUAGCUUCUUCAGCAAAUUUGUGGGCUGUUGUCAUGGAUGCUGGUACUGGCUUUGCUAAUCAAGUUAUCAAGCUUUCGCAAAAAUUCCUGGACAAGGAUUGGAUAAUGGAGAAGUGGGAUAAUAACUUUUACAUAACAGCAAUAGCUGGGGCAGCAAAUGGAAGUUCAUUGGUUGUAAUGUCCAAAGGAACUCCAUAUACACAGCAGAGAUACAAAGUGAGUGAACAUUUUCCAUAUAAGUGGAUCAAUAAAAAGUGGAAAGAAGGUUUUCAUGUAACAUGUAUGGGUACUGCUGGGAAUCGUUGGGGAGUUGUCAUGUCGAGGAACACGUGCUACUCUGACCAGGUUGUUGAGUUAGAUUUUCAGUAUCCAAGUGAAGGGCUCCAUCAGCGAUAUGGCGCUGGUUACAGAAUUACCUCCUGUGCAGCCACGCCUGACCAAGCUGCUUUUAUCCUGAGCAUGACCAAGAAGCCAAAGAUGAAACCUAUGGACGAAACUCUUCUAACUUCUGAUUUCCCCAGCAAGCAUAUAAAGGAACAAUGGGAAAAGAACAUGUACAUCGCGGCGAUCUGUCAUGGGCGAACAACAUGUUGA